ACCCAAUUGGCCAAUUCCCAAUUCAAAAUUCUCAGUAGAAGAAUAAAGGAGGCGUCGCUCCCUCUCCGCCUCCGAUCUCCCUCUCGCCCCUCCCUCCGCCGCCGUCCACUGUAGAAAUUCUAACUGCUGCUUCUCAUCGAACUGAAUCCCUGAUCAACCUCUCUAUUAUUUCCCUGAAUUGGUUCCCAAGUCCAUUUCGGAUUUUGCAGUAAGCUAAAUCGGAGAUGGAGGAGGCUCCGAUUAUUACGAAAGGUCGAUACACAUACGUACACGAUGUCAAAAUUGGCUCACCCGAAGCAAUUGACGUUCACCACAUCUCCAUCGCGAGAAGCGCUGCAGAUUUUCUCUCUCUAUGCUCGUAUGCUCUUCGGUUAGCGGCUGCUUGCUUUCCGAUGUUAGCGCUUAUGCAGAAAACAAUGAGUGUCUACGAUCUAUUGAUGCUGGACAAACCAGUUGCUAUUGUUUUUUGGAGUUUUGUUGUGGCUGGGUUGCUCAUAAGGCAAAUUCUAAGAAAGCAAGUUGAGAAAGAAUCUGUUAUCAUUUUGCCAGCUUUUGGGGUUCAGCUUGAGACAGUUUACAGAAGUGGGAAAACGGUACACCAGUUUGUUCCAAUUGACAAGAUCUUGAAAUCCGUCUUGAAUGAAUGUGUGACCCCAGUAACCUGCUAUUGGAGUCUUUCUCUGAUUAUACGUGGAGAGGAUGAAUUGUUGCUAGCAUUCAAGGGAUUAUAUCCUCCAAUCACAAUGUUAGUUCCCAUUUGGACGGCUCUGUGUGCAGCCAUUGAUGACAAAAAAGGGGCUGACAUGUCUUCAGAUUGUGAUAACUGAUAACCGAUGAUGCAAGGAGUUGGAAUACACUAUUUUCUGGUUUAAAGGUAUUUUUCUGCUUUCGUUUUUAUCCUUAACUGUCCCCCGUGAACAUUUUGAGAAGGAUGAACUUAUGAACAUGACAACGGUCUGGGCUUGCUCGUACUUCCUAUGAUUUGUGAAGAGCUUGGAGCAUAUGGUUCCCGGAUUCCAGAUGCAGGCACUUCAAUGUUACUUGAAGUUUUCUGAAGGAUUGAAAUAAAUUAUCUAUAGGUUGAGAAAAAAAAUCAACCUGUUGAUCCUUGCUUUUCAAAUUCAAAGGCAUCCAGUUGAAAUCAACACAUUUGAACUGCAACUGUGUCAUGAUGGAACUUGUUUUUCUUGCCUCUUGCCAUCAGUUGUAGCUGCUCCUAGAUGAUCAGCUUUUGCUCUAUGCUGGUUACAACUUACAACUAUGUGUAGGAAAAAACUUGAAGAAAAUUAGCUUGUUACUGUUGUUUUCUGUAAAUUAUUGGAAUUAAAGUAGUAGGGAAAUUUGGAAGAUUAAACAAUUUGAAGUUGAGUUUUUGGGUAUUUGUUAAGUAAAAAAUAAGUUAAUUUUUUUUGUGAUC